GCACCCGGAGCUUCUUUCUGAGUGUUCUAGUUGGACAGUGCGCUUCUACUACUGGCUGAAAUGGCUGGCUGACUUUCGCGGGUUUGCUGAUUUGCGGGUCGCGGCAAUUUGUUAGCUCUCUCCGCCCUCCAUCUUGAAUCUUGACCUUGGUGUUUCCCAAGUGCGUAGAGACCAGACGACAAGAGAGUGUAGACUCCUCACCACCUCGCCUACCUAUCACCGACUAUCAACCGCCACCCCGGUCGACAAUCAUCCAUCAAUCACCAUGUCUGCCCCUUCUCUCGUCCAGGCCGUCGCUAAGCGUGGCUGGUUGAACAAGAUGCUCAAGCCCGUCUCCAACUGGUACAUCAAUGCCGCCGGCUACCGUCAGAUGGGUCUCCGCGCCGACGACCUCAUCUCCGAGGAGAACGAGACCGUCCUCGCCGCCCUCCAGCGCCUUAGCCCCAAGGAGUCGUACGACCGCAUCUACCGCAUCCGCCGCGCCACCCAGCUCUCCCUCACCCACAAGCUCCUGCCCAAGAACGAGUGGACCACCCAGGAGGAGGACGUCCCCUACCUCCGCCCCCUGAUCGACCAGAUCGAGGCCGAGGCCGCCGAGAAGGACGCUCUCGACACCCUGGCUGUCGUCAAGAACUAAGCGCGGGACUUAUAAAGGUAUGAAAGGGGAAGGAAGGAAGGAUGGGAAAGGAUGGGAGGGAAGGUUUUUCCGUUAUCCGCGCGCGGUGGGAACUGGACUGGCCGACUUUUUUUUUCGACGGGAACGAAGGAACCGAAGAGAAGGGAAAGGCUGGAGUACUGCUACGCUACGCUUAGGAUUUGGAAGCCGAGGAUACCAAAGCAAUAAAGUGGAUGCGCUCAAAAUAAGAACCGAAACAAAAACUCGUCCCCUCGAUUCUCUGGAACCUGGAACUCUUCGACAACUUGCUGCCAAUUGCUUUCUGGAGAAAUAGGAUGAAGGGGGGGAAAAGGUGGAUGGGGGAAGAUGGACAGUUUGCGAUGCAACGACAAUGGGCAACAGCCAAAUGUUCUUGUCUAUGGUUGUGUUCACGCUCCCAGAACCCGCGCAUCUCUAUGAAGUGGAAGUGGAAGGGGAAAAUGCUUUGAGAGGAGAUGGUGACGACUGCGAAAGAAAAGACUACCUAACCAUUUCUACUUAUUAGAAGGAAAGAAAAUGGGCAAUAGACCUUUAUCCUGCAUUCUUCCCCCCCCCCCAAAACAACAAGACAACUGAAAGAGAGAAAGAAAAGAAAGGGGAGGGAAGGAAGUGUCUCAGACAUGGUAGCCAUCGAAAUCGACCUCUGCUAUGCUGUACGUUGAAGAAGUGUAUGUGAGAGUCAUGACAAGUUAGAUCAAAAAGUAAUAAGAAAAAAAAAAAAAAACUCCGCUCAAUUCGCAAAUACUCUCA